AUGCUUACCAAUGUCCGAGUCCUCUACUUUGGUGUUAUCUCACUUUUCCUCCUCAUAACUCCAUUAUCAACUGCUUGUUAUUGUCUUAGUGUUCGUGGAGGUGCCACUCCUACUGGUCCUGCUGGUAACUACACUGUUGAUUAUCCUGCGUCUUGUGGUACUUAUCAUUAUAAUGGUGGUUGUAGGAGUAGCGGUGUCAGUACUUGCAAUGAUUAUAAUCGUCUUCGUCUUGGUUUUAAUAGUAUUGCUGAUUGUCAGACUUGUUGUAUAUGUUGUUGUGGCGAUCCUGAUUAUUAUGGUCCAUUUACUGCAGCUCCUGUCGGCGCUUGUGGAGUCACAACUACUGUUGCUACUACUACUACUACUCAUGCUGAUGCAAGCCUGAAUUGUGUUAAUUAUAUGAUGGUAAUUUUUCUUGUGUUAUGCACUAUUUAUGUUUGA